UAUAAGGCAAGCAUUGGUGGCGUGAGAAUGGUCAACUUUCUAGGGCUAUUAUGUAGGUAAGCUGAAAAGGAAUGUCUCGUGGGACAUCUUCAUCUUCUUGCAAUAGCUGGAUUCACCGAACUUGCAAUUCCUGCCAUGGUGGUUCUAGGGUUUCAGGUUCACCCCCAAUUUGUGAUUGCGGAGACAUUGCAGUGGUGCGCACAACUAGAACUACAAAGAACUUGGGUAAACAAUUUUGGGGCUAUGCGAACUUUAAGAGAUAUGGUGAAGAUGUGUUGGGAUGCAACUUUUUCAAGUGGUAUUACGAAGAGGGUGCUAAUGAGCGAGAUGCCAUUAUCGCUAGGCAAAGGCAGAAGAUUGCUUAUAUUGAAAAUUCAUUGAGUGUUUGGAAGAAACAGAUGCAACUGUCAUUAGCUGUUGUAGGUGUUCUUAUUGUAAUGAAUGUAGUGAUUUUAUUGUAAAGAUGAGCGUAAACCUUGGAUGCCAGAA